CGCUCAAUUUUUAUUUUUUUUUCAGAGAAAUCUUCUCUCCACAUAGAGUUUCUAAAAGAGGUUUUUCUCUCUAAAUCUCUCUAAAAGAGGUUUGCUUCUCUUUAAAUCUCUCUAAAAGAGGUUUCUCUUUAAAUCUCUCCCUAAUUUUGCUUGGUCUUUGAAGGGUGAAGCUUCCUAACCAUUCCUUUAGGAUUCGAGGUUUUUGUUAGAGUUUAAAGUAGAUUCGGUACCAGUUAUGUGAAGAGAUGUCUGAUAAUCACAGUGUUGAGAUCAACAGCCAGGCCAAUCGAAAUCUUCAUCAGCAUCAUACCACAUUCUCUCAUGCUUAUUCAGCUGCUCAAAACCCCAUGACCGAUCCUCAAGUCCAAAUGCAUGGGAUGCACUUGCCCGGUCAGAUUGAUGAUGUGAAUCCAGAGGCCCAAAUUCAUGGGGGUGAUCCAAUGCAUGUGCAUUACAUGCAAGAGCAUGGGCACCCACUUCAAAACAAUGAUAGUGGUUUGGAGGAUGAUGGUGAGGAAGGUGGGGGUAGCGAAGGCAUGGAGGGGGAUGGAUCAUCUGAUGCUGGUAAUUUGGGAGACCCUCAUACUGCCAUCCCCUUGCGAAGUCAGGGCACAAACCAGCUUCAACUGUCAUUUCAGGGCGAGGUUUAUGUGUUUGAUUCGGUUGCUCCUGAAAAGGUGCAAGCAGUACUUUUGCUAUUAGGGGGACGUGAAGCGCCUUCUGGCCUGCCUGCAGUUCCAUUAUAUGGACAUCAGCUUUCAAAGGGAUUCACUGAUCCUGUUACCCAGCGCAUGAAUCAGUCCCACAGAAUGCAAUCCUUGAGUAGGUUCCGUGAGAAGCGAAAAGAGAGGAAUUAUGAUAAGAAAAUUCGGUACUCUGUACGCAAGGAGGUUGCGGAAAGGAUGCAGCGGAACAAGGGACAAUUCACAUCUUCAAAAAAUGUGUCAGAAGAUGCGCCACCACCUGAACUAACUUGGGAAUCAAAUCCAACCUGGGCUGCAGAGACUAAUGAACCGGCUAUAUGUCGCCAUUGUGGCACUAGCGAAAAAUCCACUCCAAUGAUGCGUCGUGGGCCAGCUGGGCCCAGGUCCCUAUGCAAUGCAUGUGGGCUUAUGUGGGCAAAUAAGGGAACACUGAGGGACCUUUCUAAGGGGGGUACCUCCUUGUCAAUUCAGGGUCACUCUACAAACUCAGGCGAGCAGAAUGAAGCCAACGGAACCGACAUAAAGGGCGAUAGUCAGGUGACUCAGGUCGUUAUGGCGUUGCCUUCGAAUGACAACUCCUCAUCAUGACAGUCUUCUUGUUUCCCUUACCCACAGGGGAAGUGAUUCCUUUGUAAAAAAUGGGAACUACUAUCUAUGAUUUAUACAGGUAAAAAUGGGUGCAUUUUUAUGGGAGUAACUUGUAUGAGGAACUCAUUUGUUUCCCUUUUAAGGAUGCCAAUCCUGUUUUAUAUCUUGCUUUGGCAUACUUUCCAGCUUUUCACUCGAUGAUGAGAUAUGAUGGUUUAUAACCAUGUGUUCCCCAUA